AUGUUUAAAAUUCCCUGCAAGUCUACUUUUAAUACAAGUAAUAAAAUAUACUUCAACUAUUCAUUUGGAGGAUAUAAUUAUAUGGGUAAACCAAUACAUUAUUCACCAAUAGUUAGAUAUCCUCAAGUUGCAUCUCUUAAGCUUCCAUCAAAUGUGGUAAACAUAAAUGAAACAGAAAUGGGCAGAUUCUCUCCAUUGAGAGCAAGAGAUUUGUCUGGUCCCGUUAUAAGUACUUUUAAAACAAAAGAUGAUUUACCUAGAAUUGAUAUUACUUCACAAUAUGAUCCUUAUGCAAAUAAAUAUGAUUGUUGGGGUGCAGUUAGCCUAUCUUCAUCUAUGCAGAGUAAUGUACCAAGCCCAUUCAGUGGCAAUCAUACCCAUCUUAACAUGCCUGGGUCACAGUGGGGCCAAGGAUACAAAUAUCUUUCGGAUCACUUGCACAGUGCUCAUUAUUUAACUUUGAAAAAAGAAUAUUCUGGAAAAAUGUAUAAUAAAGUUAUAACUAUUGGGGUGAGGAACAUGAGUACAGAAACAGACCCUCCCUUGAGUGCUAAAGAGAAAUUAAAAAAAGCUGUCAAAGAUUAUGGUUCAACAGUUAUAAUAUUUCAUAUUUCUAUAUCUCUACUAUCUCUGGGGGGAUGUUACCUCCUAGUUUCUAGUGGAGUAGAUAUAAUGGCAGUAUUGAGAUAUUUUAACAUUGGUGAAGGAACUCUAUCGAAUGUAGUAACAUCAAAUGCUGGCACAUUUGUGAUAGCAUAUGGAGUUCAUAAAAUUUUUGCACCAGCAAGAAUUGCUAUCACACUAACGGCAACACCAUUCAUAGUGCGAUAUUUAAGGAAUAUAGGUGUUUUAAAACGUAAUAAUGGGACAGGUGGAGGGAAA